AUGACAGACAAAGCCACUAAAAAGAAGGGAGCGGCGGCCAUGACCGACUUGCUGGAAAGACUGCUGGAACAUUGGGCAGAGGAAUCCUUACAGCCAAACUCGCCGAUCAACCUAAUCGAAUUCCUCCACAAAUCAAAUGAGGCGGACACUUUAGCCUUUGACGACUUGGGAACGGCGCCCGCCGAGAUGGAGGAUGACUACCCCGAGAUCCAAUACCCGUUAUUAGAAAUAAAUGUAGGGACCGAGCCCGAACCACGGCCUCUUUUUGUAAGCCAGCUUUUGAGCCCUAAAUUAGCAGCCGAGAUUAUCGGUCUGCUCUAUGAAUAUAAGGAUUGUUUUGCUUGGGAUUAUCAUGAGAUGCCUGGAUUGCCGAGAAGUUUGGUCGAGCACGAGCUAAAAAUUAGGGAGGGGUUUAGGCCUUUCCAACAGUCGCUGAGGCGAUUCUCGUCCGAAACUGGGGCUUUGAGGGUUUGCACCGACUACAUAUAUCUAAACCUCGCGACCCCCAAGGAUGAGUAUCCCAUGCCUAUGUCCGACCUCCUAGUGGAUAGAGCCGCAAAGCACGAGCUCCUGUCUUUCAUGGAUGGCCACGCUGGUUACAACCAGAUCUUCAUAGCCGAGGAGGAUGUCCACAAGACGGCAUUCAGAUGUCCAGGCGCAAUCGGGACUUAUGAAUGGGUAGUCAUGCCAUUCGGCCUAAAAAACGCCAGCGCAACGUACCAACGAGCUAUGAACCUUAUUUUCGACGACCUAAUUGGCCGAACUGUUGAAGUCUACAUCGACGACGUUGUUGUAAAAUCCCCAUCCAAAGCCGACCACGUGGGGCAUCUCCGAUAG